AUCUCACCUCCACUUGAAAACACACGCUUCCCUGUACAAACCCCAGCUGAACUUUGCUCAAGUUAAUAUAUACAGUUUGUAAGCAUGACAGGGUCACCUCCAACGUCAAAAUCCCUUUCUCCAAAGGAAUCAUCACCCCAUGAACAGACAGCACCACUAGAGCCCGCUGGUCAACUCGAGGCAGAUGAGGGGAACAUCGCCGACAAUGAUUCAGCCCUGGGCGAAAAUGAUACUGGGAGCUCCACAGCUUCGAUCGCCUCCAGCAUUUACAAAUACAGAAUUGAAAAUGGCAGAUCAUAUCAUGCCUAUAAAGAUGGCAUCUACGUCGGCCCAAACGAUAACUCGGAACAAGACCGCCUGGAUCUUCAGCAUGCGCUUUGUCUCCUCACUUUUGACAACCAGUUAUUCCUCGCGCCCAUCUUUCGAGAGGGCGAGAUACCCGUGAGACGGGUAUUAGACAUCGGCACAGGUACAGGGUGCUGGGCAAUUGACUUUGCUGAUGAUUAUCCUGAAACCACUGUCAUCGGCAUUGACUUGAGCCCAAUCCAGCCUUCAUUCGUGCCGCCUAAUGUCCAGUUCCAGAUUGAUGACGUGGAAGAAGACUGGACAUUCUCAGAGCAAUUUGAUUAUAUCUAUACCAGGUUUAUGACGGUCUCGCUCGGCAACUGGCCACGGUUCUUCGGACAAAGUUUCACGCAUCUGAAUCCAGGUGGCUGGAUGGAGGUCGUGGACAUCCUUCCCCCAACGUCCGAUGAUGGCACAAUGGCCCCUGAAACGGCUCUAUAUAAGUGGUCGAAACUUUUGCUUGAAGCUACAGAAAAGAUGGGUCGACCUUUUGGUGAAACAAUGACCUAUAAGACACAGAUGGAAGCUGCUGGCUUCCGGAACGUCACACAGCGGGUUUUUAAAUGGCCACAAAACCGUUGGCCUAGGGAUCCAAAGUAUAAAGAACUGGGUUCUUGGACCCUCGAGAAUAUUUCUAGUGGCCUCGACGGGAUUAGUAGUGCUCUCUUCACUAGAGUCCUGGGCUGGUCAAAACCUCAGUUGGAUGUUUUCCUGAUUGAUGUCAGAAAAGAUCUCAAGAACCCUUCCAUCCACGCAUAUUGGCCCAUAUACGUCAUAUGUGGACAAAAGCCUAGAGAGUAGUGUGAAUACUUGAUGACAUUAUGAGACCUGUUUGCGGAAAAGUUGAUGAAUGACAAGAAGAGUAACGAACAACCCCAGAUUUGUCCCGGACUGAAGAAAGCCAGGCACAUGUAGAUAGAACUUAUGUUAUCUGAAUUUUAUGGAUAGAAGCACCUCUGACAACGAUAUUAUAUCUGAA